UCUUUGCCACUACAAAAAGAACUGUUACAAAUAUUUUUGUACACAAAGGACCUUUUCCUUUUCCUUUGAUCUCUGAGCUCAGUGUUAAAAUCUUGGGCCCAAGAGCUUCCGGAAGGUAUCCAGGCCCCAUCUGAGAAGAAUGAGGGGACAGAACAGACACUCUACUCUGGGUUAUGCUCCUAGAUACUCUGAUGACUCCCUUCAUACCUCCUGGGCCUCCCAUGGUCCACCAGUCUUCCCAAGUAGAACAGUGCAAAGCUAACAGAUGUCAGAAGUUGACCCACAGGGAUGCAGCAAGAAGGCGGAGGCCUCCUAUGAAAUGCUGAGUCAUUUCAGUUGCUGACAGCUGUGGGAUGGAGAUAAGAGUGAGGGUGGCUGAAAAGAGGGUAAUGCAUAUAUUUGUGCAUGGGACUAAGAGGAAGAAGGGGAUGGUACUGAGGAGUGGCUUCUCGGAGGAGAGAUGAGUGAGAGGAAGCAGGAAGCAAGAUGCAGGGUCUUGGAAAGCAGUGUGGGAGACACGAGGAAGAUGACUCCCAGGUAGAGGAUGUGUAUACAAUAGUCCGUCACCGAGAAGGGGAGACACUAUCUGUUCAAUGCUCCUACACUGUCCGUUCUGACCGAUGGGAGGGCAAGGUCUGGUGCAAGGUGAGAAGGAAGAAGUGUGACUCAAGGUUCAGUCGGGGUGCAGGAUUUAGCACCCCCUACAAGCUCCAUGAUGACUCCCAGGCCGGGCUCCUCAUUGUCACCAUGGAGAGACUUCGGCACCAGGACUCUGGGAAAUACUGGUGUAUGAGGAAUAGCUCACGCUCACUAUACCCCGUGAAGGGUAUUCAGCUGGUGGUCUCACGAGCACCUUCAACUGAGAGAAACACCCCACUUAUUACAAAAGAAGCCUCCAUCCAGGAACUAGACCACAUCUUUGGGACUGCUGUCACCACUGACCCAUUCCUCAACAAGAACAAGGACCUGCCCGUAGUUGUUCCUAUCACUACUUCUAUACCUGCCUCAAUGGGUACGAUGCCAGCUGACACAGCUACUCUCCCUACAAUGGCCAGAUCAAUGACCACUGUAUCUAGAGUCACAAUGAGAUUCACACCAGUCACCAGACCCAAAACCACUGCCACACUAAGGAUGACCACAAGAUCCUCAGCAACUAAUGGAUCUCCUUGCAAGGCAAGAUCCACCCAUGUUGCCCCAGUGAUGUUGGUCACAGUCAAGGCCAGAUCUUCCACUACCAUAUCCACCACCAUCAAAUCAUACCCGAAGGAAUUACCUCCUAACAGUUUCCACAACUCCAGCCUCGCUGUUCCCAUGUUGUUGGGAGGAAGUUUCACCAUCCUGAUGUUUUCCGUUGUAUCCUAUGUUCUAUGGAAAAAGAAACGCAUGGGAAUUUAUUAUGUAUAAGACGGUCCAGUUUUAUCCUGGUCCAACAGGCCUGAAGACCUGGAACCCUCAGAAGCAGGCUGAGGUGAUCUGAGACAACCCUGUCCCAGCCACUAUGGAAGGAAGGUCCUCUUCCAGCUGGUCUUCUGGUGCUGGACUCAGUGGAGAGGAAGACGGUUAAUGAAGAGUUGACUUCAGUGUCCAGAGGGAUGAGAAUCCAUCCCUGCUCCCGGAUUCAGAGGAUGGCUGGCUAUUGUAGGAGGAUUUGGUACAAACACAGACGCCAUGAAACAGACUCAGGCUACUCCAGAGAUACCUCUACCUUGGACAGUGACAAGUACAACUCAUGCCUCAAGAAGACAAGACACCCUAAAUCCCAUCCCUCUUCACCGCACCCCUAGUCCCAAGAGUGUGUGUCUUCAAGUUACAUUUGGAUUUCCCCAACCUUGCAGUCUAAACUGGCCUGUUCCCAGCCACCUUCGUGCUUCCCAUCUUCUAUAGGGAAGACAAAGUGGCACCCUAUGUCCCUUAAAGCUAGAGCUCUUCCUCUGCUGAUUAUCUCUAAUUCAUUUUAUAUAUUUGUUUGUAUUUUGCAUGUUAUCUCCCCUUUUAGACUUUCUUGAGAUAAGGAUUAUCUUCUUAUUGGGGAAAAAUUCUUUCCUUUGGGGGAAAAAAAGUAAUUCACAUUAAAAAAAAUAGCUAAAUGUAGUAGACAGAAAGUUGGAUCUGCCUUUAAAUCCCUGCUCUUUCACUUAUUACCAGGUUAAAUUUGGACAAACCUUUUCACCUCU